AUGACAUCCCGAUCCGUCAGCCCAUACCGGUCUGCCGAGAACCUUGCCCAGAUCCUUGGCCUGGACCCUAACGAAGAUCCCGACCAACAAGAAAACACUACGCCAGACCAUUCUCGCGUGACUAGUCGUGGUGCCCCGGCCCAACGCUCCCGUCGUCAACGAUCAGAGUAUCGAUCCUGGGAUCGAGCAAGCGAUGUACCGAGACAGGGAACUACAGGGUCGAGAAAUCGGUCCAAGACGAGGCAUUGA